AUGGGCCGGGCUCAGGGACACAAGGUUGCACAUGCGACAUUGAAAGGGCCUAGCGUUGUCAAGGAGUUAGUUAUCGGUUUGGCACUCGGUUUAGCUGCUGGUGGUCUCUGGAAGAUGCACCAUUGGAACGAACAGAGGAAAACGAGGGCUUUCUACGACUUGCUUGAGAGAGGUGAGAUUAGUGUUGUUGCUGCUGAAGAGUAA